AUGGCGAUCCAGAAGAAGCAUGGAAAGGGCCGUUUGGACAAGUGGUAUAAACUUGCCAAAGAAAAAGGCUACCGGGCACGAGCAGCAUUCAAAUUGAUCCAGCUUAACAAGAAAUAUGGCUUUCUCGAGAAGAGCAAAGUACUUCUCGAUCUGUGCGCAGCGCCCGGGUCAUGGUGUCAAGUUGCGGCAGAAUGUAUGCCGGCAGGAAGCCUCAUCGUCGGAGUCGACCUCGCCCCGAUCAAACCCAUUCCGCGAGUCAUUACCUUUCAGGGCGACAUCACGACAGACAAGUGUCGUUCCACCAUCCGUUCGCAUUUCAAACAUUUGAAGGCUGAUACGGUGCUGCACGACGGUGCGCCCAACGUCGGUACGGCGUGGAUCCAGGAUGCCUUCUCUCAAGCCGAACUCGCGUUGCAGGCAUUGAAGCUGGCUACCGAAUUCUUAAAGGAGGGCGGCACGUUCGUAACUAAGGUGUUCCGCUCCAAAGACUACAACCCGCUGCUGUGGGUUCUUAAGCAACUCUUCACGUCGGUCGAGGCUACGAAACCGCCAUCCUCCCGAAAUGUUUCUGCCGAGAUCUUUGUUGUCUGCCGUGGGUUCAAAGCCCCCAAACGCCUUGACCCCAGAUUCUUGGAUCCCAAGCAUGUGUUCGCUGAAUUGGCCGAUCCCACGCCGAACAAUGAAGCGAAGGUCUUUAAUCCGGAUAAGAAGAAGCGGAAGAGGGAGGGUUACGAAGAGGGCGACUAUACCCAACACAAGGAGAUCCCCGUGACCGAAUUCAUCAAUUCGACCGAUCCAAUUGCGAUCCUGGGCACGUACCACAAGCUUAGUUUCCAGCAGUCUCCGGGAGGGGACCUGGCGCUGGCCACUUUGGAAAGACUGGAAGAAACGACCGAUGAGAUUCGGGCUUGUUGCGAAGAUCUUCGGGUUUUGGGUAAAAAGGAAUUCCGGAACCUCUUGAAAUGGAGACUGAAAGUCCGCGAGAAAUUCGGUCUUACAGUCAGGAAGAAACAAGCGCAAGAUGAGGAGGCGGAGGAGGUGACUGAAGUUGCGCCGCUGGAUGACGAAUUGGCGAUUCAGGAAGAGUUGCAACGCCUGCGUGAGAAAGAAGACGCACGGAGAAAGAAGGAGAGGCGCAAGGAAAAUGAGAGAAAACGCAAGGAAAUCAUACGGAUGCAGAUGCAUAUGAUUACGCCUACGGAGAUUGGAAUGGAACAGAGCGGACCGACCGGGGAGGACUCUAUGUUUGCCUUGAAGACGGUCAAUCAGGAGAACGCGACGGACAAGAUCGCUGCGGGAAAGGGCGCUGAUCUACUGAGUGACGAAGAAGAAUCAGAGUCAUCAGAAGAAAGCGAUGACGAGACAGACGAGGAGGAAGAUCGACUGGAGCGAGAGCUGGACUCGAUGUACGAACAAUAUCAGGAGCGCAAAGAAGAGCGCGACGCGAAACUGCGAGCAAAGAAGGCCCGAAAGGAUUACGAAGAGGAGGAAUGGGAGGGUUUCUCCGACAACAACAAGGGUGACAACAGCGAAACUUCAGAUGAGGAAGGCUCUGAUUCCGCUGUGGCUGUUACUGGUGGCAAACGCCCCGUGUCUGAUCAUCUGUCGAACAAGGCGGCACUAUUCUUCGACCAGGAUAUCUUCCAAGGCCUGGGGGACGUCAAUGAAAUCGAGGAUGAGGAUAGCGCCAUUGAGGUGGAUGGUGAUGACAAGUCAGCCAACAAAGCUGCUACUUCUGCAAAGAAGUCUACGCGCGGAGAGUCCGCCCCGGAAAAGUCUUCAUCCAAACAGAAGACCGAACCUCACAAGGAUUUUGAAGAAUCUUCUGAUGAGGAGGAACUUAAAGAUCCCCGGACAAAGGAUGGCCGUCUAGAUAUCGACAUUAUCACUGCAGAGGCGAUGGCUCUUGCACAGCAAAUGGCUGCCGGAGAAAAGAAGUCGGAAGAUGUAGUGGACGAUGGGUUCAACAAGUAUUCGUUCCGGGACACCGAGGGUCUGCCAGAUUGGUUCCUGGACGACGAGAACAAGCACAGCCGUCCUAACCGGCCAAUCACCAAGGAAGCCGCAGCAGCCAUCAAGGAAAAGAUGCGCGCAAUCAAUGCCCGGCCUAUCAAAAAGGUUCUAGAAGCGAAGGCUCGCAAGAAAUACAAGGCUGCUAAGCGGCUGGAGAAGCUGCGCAAGAAGUCUGCUCUCCUGGCUGAGGAAGAGGGCGUCAGUGAGAGGGACAAGGCGCAAGCGAUUGCGAAGUUGUUGAGCAAGGCAGCCAGGAAGAAACCGAAGCAACAAGUGAAAGUGGUGGUCGCCAAGGGCAGCAACAAAGGAAUCCGUGGCCGUCCCCGGGGGGUGAAGGGCAAGUACAAGAUUGUGGAUGCACGGUUGAAGAAAGACAUCCGAGCACAGAAGAGACUCACCAAGAAGAAGAAGCCACCGUGCAUGAUACUAAUGUUGGGGAUAUUUACUACUUCACAUCCUACUUUACUGUAUAUUGUUCUUAGCUCAUUUUCACAGCCUAUCGCAGAUAGCAGGCGUAAUCACGGGAUCCAGGGCCAUGGUUGUGGCGCCAGCCUUCCCGCGGGGCCGGAGUCCGGACAGCGCGCAUGGCGGGACACGGAGUGGACAGCCUCGCUGGCGACGCUCACAGCAGACGUGCCGCUGUCCUGUGCGACUAAGACUAGAAAAACCCCCACCGCGGACAGAGAAGCCCUCGACCUUCUCUUCCGGCAUAUCGUCUCGCCUCCCUUUCUCGCCGCCUGCGCUUGCGCUUCGGAAUUCGCCCCCGGGUCUCGGAGUCCCCCGAGUCCCGCGCGCGACAUGGGAUUCUUCGAUCAUCUCCAGAAGGGAGGUGCCUUCUCUCUCCAAGCCAAGAAACCGCAGAUUCGCAAGGUUGUCCAGACAAAGCCGGCGCAACCGUCGCGAUCAUCGUCCGCCAGUGCUGCAGAAAAUGGCACAACAUCUCUGCCACGAUCCGCAUCCACGAACAAAUCACGCGAGCCGAACGGCAAGCCAGUCUCUUCACGCCCUCACAAAGCCGACCCUUCCUCCAAGCGACGGUUAAGUACCCCAUUUAGGAACUUGAAGAGGCCAUCGCCGGCAGAACAGAGGCUGUCUAGCGACGAUGAUGACAGCGACACGGAUACUUCUUUCGAGGUGCGCAAACGAGUACGGGUGAGCGCCAGCGUCGAGCCGGAUCUGGAGCGACACAUACGAUCUGUCGAAGCAUUUUCAACAGAGGGCCAAAAGACACUUUCCAUGGUACAUGCGGCAGAUAUCGCAUCCGCGCAGGGCUCUGGAAAGUACAGGCGUGCAUUUGAGGGAUCGGGUGACCCUGCUGAGAUUGUGCUGCAAUAUCCCAGUACUUUGAAAGGAGAGAGAUACCAGCUUGUUGUACCGCGCGACAAAGAUGAUUUCAAGCCUCUCGAUGAUAUUGUUCAGGUGGUUGAAAUUGUUUCCCAGCACUAUAUCCCCGAAGAUGCCGCAGACGAGUUCGACAACGAGUCAACUGGAAUCAAGCGUCGAAUCCGACGAGCCCUGGCUCACGCCUCCGAGUCCGAGUUUUGUCAAGCGAUAACAGACUAUAACAAUGCUAUUGAAAGACUGGUGGCUGAUGGAACCAUUGCUAAACAUUUGGAUGCGACUCAUGGUUUGCGACUACCUCUCGUCGAGCGAAUAUUGACCCAGAUAUACUCACGGACCGUCUCGCCACGCGUCGAUUCGCUGCGCCAGUACGAGAACGGGACGGACAAUGUAUAUGGCGAGCUUCUUCCGCGAUUCAUAAGUACCAUCUUCAAGGAGACCAAACUUAAGUCCAGUCAAGUCUUUGUAGAUCUGGGAUCCGGAGUCGGGAACGUGGUCCUGCAAGCAGCACUGGAAAUCGGCUGCGAGAGCUGGGGUUGCGAAGUGAUGCCUAAUGCCUGUGAUCUAGCGGAACUGCAGCAAGCAGAGUUUAAGGCACGAUGUCGACUGUGGGGGAUUGCCCCCGGCAAGACGCAUCUUGUCCGUGGAGACUUUCUCAAGGAGGAGAGCAUCAUCAAGGUGCUCCAGCGUGCCGAUGUGGUCCUGAUCAACAACCAGGCGUUCACUCCGCAGCUCAACAACGCGCUGAUCAACUUCUUCCUCGACAUGAAAGAAGGGUGUCAGAUCGUGUCGCUCAAGUCGUUUGUGCCUGCAGGCCACAAGAUCCAGUCGCGCAAUCUCAACUCCCCGAUCAACCUGCUCACCGUGAAGCAAAGAAACUACUGGUCCGACUCGGUGAGCUGGACCGAUGUCGGGGGUACAUACUUCAUCGCCACAAAGGACAGUUCUCGGUUGAAGAAAUUUGUCGAAGAGAUGAAGGAGUAG